CAGGCUUCCAUACUUUAUUUUGAAGUCGCUCUUUGGGGGGAAUCUUUAUUUUGAAGUCCGUGAGCGACAUCCAACCCGGAAAUCCGCUCCAUCACCUGUGCGUGUGGAGGCUGGUGGUUGUGUGUGUGAGUGUGUGUGUCCGUCGGAUGAGCACCUUCUCCCGGGCACGUCGAGCAGAUCUCCCCCCGGUGUCGUGUCAUGUUUGUAACCGGACAGUGACGAUGCAGAUCCUGACUCCUCAUGUUUACUGGGCCCAGCGGCACGGAGACAUCUUCCUCCGGGUGGAACUGAGCGAUGCUAAGAAUCUUGACAUCAGCCUGCAAGAAAACAACACACUUCAGUUCAGAGCACAGGGCCACGGAGCUAAAGGAGACAAUGAAUAUGAGUUCAGUUUGGAGUUCCUGGAACCUGUCAGAGCUGAGAUCAACCACAGGUCCACCCAGCGUCAGGUGGACAUCAAGAUCAAGAAGCAGGAGGAGCGCUGGUGGGACCGGCUGACGCUGCAGGAGAAGAAGCCUCUGUUUCUGGCUCCCGACUUCGACCGCUGGCUCGACGAGUCUGACGCUGAGAUGGAGCUUCAGGCGAAGGAGGAGGAGAAGAUAAACAAGAUAAGUGUGGAGUCGAGAGUUCGUAAAGAUCCCUACCUGGGUCUGAAGAGAGGCUACUUGUUCAUGUACAACCUCGUGCAGUUCCUAGGAUUCUCCUGGAUCUUUGUCAACAUGACUGUUCGUCUCUUCAUCCUCGGUCAAGAUUCGUUCUACGAUACUUUCCACACCAUGGCUGACAUGAUGUAUUUCUGUCAGAUGAUGGCCGCGCUCGAGGUCAUUAAUCCCUUGUUGGGCUUCGUGAAGUCAGCGUUCUUUCCUGCUAUGAUACAGGUGGCGGGGAGGAACGUCAUUCUGUUCGUUAUCUUCGGCGCUCUGGAGGAGAUGCAGAACAAGCCCGUGGUGUUCUUCGUCUUCUACCUGUGGAGCACCAUAGAGAUCUUCAGGUACCCGUUCUACAUGCUGGCGUGCAUCGGCACGGACUGGAAGUUGUUAACGUGGCUGAGAUACAGCCUCUGGAUCCCUCUGUACCCGCUGGGCGUCGUAGCUGAAGCGGUGGCUGUGAUCCAGUCCCUGCCCAUCUUUGAUGAGACCCGUCUGUUCAGCGUCACACUCCCUGCAGUGCUGGGAGGAUCUUUGAGCUUCUCCUACACUCUACAGCUCUACCUGGUCUUCAUGUUUUUGGGACUCUUCAUCAACUUCCGACACCUCUACAAGCAGCGGAGGAGACGAUACCGCUCGAGGAAAAGGAAAGUCCACUAACCCAUCAGCACCUUAACUUUGCACACACUCUGAACUUCAGUCAACUUAAAGACGAAGCAGCCGUUUCCCUGUUUCUUGCCUUUUCUCAUUUAUUUGUCCAGGGAGAAAACACUUCAGAUACUUUUGCAUGAAAACACAGUUGAUUAAUCAUUAACCAUAUUGUGUUUAUUAAAAUAUAUUUUAGGAUUGUUAACGAGCCGUCCACCCCAACGUUUUCAUUAUUUAACCGUCUGUUCAAAACCUGAGUGGCUUGAUUUUUGUUCCUUUUUUUUAUGUUUGUGUUUUGUGUAAUUUUCAUCUCUGAGCAUUCGCUGUAUUUGUUUUUAUUUAUUUCUGUGAACUCAUUUAUGUCUGAGUCGUUUUUGUUGGAGGAUGUGAGGCCGACACACACUGCGCUUGAUUUGAAGUCACAAUUAUGGUUUCCUGACAAAAUAAAUAAACUUCAGAAUUCUCA